GCCUACGCUUCAGUUCAGCCUCAGUUAAUAGUUUUGGCCCGGUUUGCAUAUAUUUUCGGGUAAACGAGUAUUCCUGCUGUAAGGUUCUAAGUAAAGGGCUUCUGUGGACCCACAGUGCAUGAAGCUCUGCUGAGGUUUUGGUCUAAGUGCUGUGUCCCCUUCCAGCUCCUCUGGCCUCUCAUCAUGUCCUCCACCUCCUCCUCAUACUCCUCCUCAGGGGAGAUUAGUCCAGAGGAUGUACCCCGAGGUGGGGGUACCAUCCGAGUCUACCUCCCCAAUAAACAGAGGACAGUGGUGAAUGUCCGCCAAGGACAGACUGUGUACGAGAUUCUAGAUAAAGCACUCAAAGUGAGAGGCCUGAGCCAAGACUGCUGUGCUGUGUUUCGCCUCCUCGGAGGUCGUAAGAGACUAACAGACUGGGACACGGACAUCACUCCUCUGGUCGGAGAGGAGCUUUUAGUCGAGAUCCUGGAUGAUAUUCCUCUCACCAUGCACAACUUUGUACGGAAGACUUUUUUCAAGCUGGCUUACUGUGAUUUUUGCCAUAAAUUUCUUUUUAAUGGCUUCAGAUGUCAGACAUGUGGCUACAAAUUUCACCAACACUGCAGUAGCAAGGUUCCCACUGUGUGUCUUGACAUGGAUACCGUGAACAAACGAUGUGACUCUAAUUCCUGCACAGAUGAAUACCCACAGAUACUCUUGCCAGAAAAUUCCCCAUCGCAGAGCAACUUAGCCUUAACACCAGAGCCUGCUGGAAUGGACCUCCUGUCCCCGCCCUCGACCUUUCACUUCCCCGUCUCAGGUGGAGAUGGCCAGUCUCUACAGAGGCAUCGCUCCACCUCCACUCCCAAUGUUCAUAUGGUCAGCACAGUGGACCCUAACAGUGCCGGCGUCAUUGAGGAAGUAAUGAAAUUCAACACAAUAGGUCCUGAGCCCUCACCCAAACCCUCCACCAGUCCACCCUCUUCUCUUGGCUCUCCUGGAAGGAGGCCUCCAAAGUCUCCCUCUGAACACAAGGAACGCAAACCCCCCUCAUCUGAUGACAAAAAAAAAGUGCACCGAGGAGGCUACAGAGACUCGAGUUACUACUGGGAAGUCCACUCUAAAGAAGUCAACAUCCAAAAGAGAAUAGGCACUGGCUCCUUUGGAACGGUCUUCAAGGGCAAGUGGCAUGGAGACGUGGCAAUCAAGAUCCUUAAAGUCAAAGAGCCCACCCCUGAGCAGUUACAGGCUUUCAAAAAUGAAAUGCAGGUCUUACGAAAAACCCGCCACGUCAACAUCCUGCUGUUCAUGGGCUACAUGACUAAGCCCAACUUUGCCAUCAUCACACAGUGGUGUGAAGGCAGCAGCUUGUACCGCCAUCUGCAUGUCACAGAAACCAAGUUUGACACUAUGCGUCGCAUUGAUGUGGCCAGACAGACAGCUCAGGGCAUGGACUAUCUUCAUGCAAAGAACAUAAUUCACAGAGACCUGAAAUCAAACAAUAUUUUUCUUCAUGAGGGCUGGACUGUGAAGAUUGGUGACUUUGGCUUGGCCACAGUAAAGUCUCGAUGGAGUGGCUCUCAACAAGUAGAACAGCCCAGUGGAUCCAUUCUCUGGAUGGCUCCCGAGGUAAUCCGGAUGCAGGACAGCAACCCGUACACGUUCCAGUCUGAUGUGUACGGUUAUGGAGUGGUGCUGUUUGAGCUGAUGUCAGGAACCCUGCCUUACUCCAAUAUCAACAACAGAGACCAGAUAAUCUUCAUGGUUGGACGCGGUUACUUGUCACCUGACCUCGCAAAACUGUACAGUACCUCACCCAAGUCGAUGAAAAGGCUCAUCAUUGACUGCCUGAAGUUCAAACGUGAUGAGAGGCCCCUGUUUCCACAGAUCCUGGUAGCCAUUGAGCAGGUCCAAGACCUGCUGCCAAAAAUCGAGCGAAGUCGCUCCGAGCCGUCGCUCCAUCGGGCCGUCCACGCUGAGGACCUGAACCCUCUCCUGUUUCACACCACCAGGCUGAUGCCCCUGUAAGCCUCCUGGCUGAGAGGCUGUCACCAUGUCCAGACUGCAGCGGUCCUGUGCCUGAGAGGCCACAGCUGGCUGCCAUUGCAGACAACCCCCAACUCACUCUUCACCUCUGCAGAGUCCUGGAGGUGCAACACUCAGUAACUGUAAAGAUAAUGGUAACACUCGGCUUAGACUGAUGAUGAAACCUUAAUUUCCUUUUUAAAGUCACACAGACCUACCCACCGGGGGAAGAAGGGUCAACUGUAUUUAGUACGUUUAAAUAUCUGUGAGCAGGUCAACUGAGAAGGUCCAACAAACAAGUUGACUUGUCUGUUAGAUUCUUGUCAACUGGCUGGUAAAUCAAUUGUUUGGGGGAAAAUAUGAAAACUACUUGUUUUGCACAUUUUUUACUUCAAAUAUUAUGUUGCUCAUUUUCACUAGUAAAGUCAGACAGGUGAGGAGCGCUGUAGCCAAAACAGCCAUAAAGCUUAAAGGCUGCUGAUUCAGACCACCUGAUCAACCUGUUUCACGUAAUGAAAUGUAAACAGAAGCAAACACCUGAGACAUGAAGCUAGUGAUCUGAAAGCAAACAGAAUCCCUGUUUAUCAUUACUCUUCUCUGGUUGGCAUUUUCUCUCAAUGUAUAAUUCAGUAUUUCCUACUUUUGCAAACAUGUCCACACCCC